AUGUCUGCCCUGCUCUUUUAUUCUCACUACAUGGGUCACAAGCAAAACACCAGCUCCACUCAUGUCUGCCCUGCUCUUUUAUUCUCACUACAUGGGUCACAAGCAAAACACCAGCUCCACUCAUGUCUGCCCUGCUCUUUUAUUCUCACUACAUGGGUCACAACCAGAAGACCAGCUCCACUCAUGUCUGCCCUGCUCUUUUAUUCUCACUACAUGGGUCACAAGCAAAACACCAGCUCCACUCAUGUCUGCCCUGCUCUUUUAAUUCUCACUACAUGGAUCACAACCAGAAGACCAGCUCCACUCAUGUCUGCCCUGCUCUUUUAUUCUCACUACAUGGAUCACAACCAGAAGACCAGCUCCACUCAUGUCUGCCCUGCUCUUUUAUUCUCACUACAUGGGUCACAAGCAAAACACCAGCUCCACUCAUGUCUGCCCUGCUCUUUUAUUCUCACUACAUGGAUCACAACCAGAAGACCAGCUCCACUCAUGUCUGCCCUGCUCUUUUAUUCUCACUACAUGGAUCACAACCAGAAGACCAGCUCCACUCAUGUCUGCCCUGCUCUUUUAUUCUCACUACAUGGGUCACAACCAGAAGACCAGCUCCACUCAUGUCUGCCCUGCUCUUUUAUUCUUACUACAUGGGUCAAACAAAACACCAGCUCCACUCAUGUCUGCCCUGCUCUUUUAUUCUCACUACAUGGAUCACAAACCAGAAGACCAGCUCCACUCAUGUCUGCCCUGCUCUUUUAUUCUCACUACAUGGGUCACAACAGAAGACCAGCUCCACUCAUGUCUGCCCUGCUCUUUUUAUUCUCACUACAUGGAUCACAAAUCAGAAGACCAGCUCCACUCAUGUCUGCCCUGCUCUUUUAUUCUCACUACAUGGGUCUGUCUGCCCUGCUCUUUUAUUCUCACUACAUGGGUCACAAGCAAAACACCAGCUCCACUCAUGUCUGCCCUGCUCUUUUAUUCUCACUACAUGGGUCACAACCAGAAGACCAGCUCCACUCAUGUCUGCCCUGCUCUUUUAUUCUCACUACAUGGGUCACAAGCAAAACACCAGCUCCACUCAUGUCUGCCCUGCUCUUUUAUUCUCACUACAUGGGUCACAACCAGAAGACUAGCUCCACUCAUGCCUGCCCUGCUCUUUUAUUCUCACUACAUCGGUCACAACCAGAAGACCAGCUCCUCUCAUGUUUGCCCUGCUCUUUUAUUCUCACUACAUAG